GCCUCCGAGCGCCUCUCCGCGCGUCGGAGUCCGAGGCGCACCACCGAGCCCCUCACCCGGGGUGCCCCAGCCGCCCUUGCAGUCCCGAGUCCGCAAGUGCGUCCGGAGCGCCGCAGCGACACCAUGCUGGGCAUGAUUAAGAACUCGCUGUUCGGGAGCAUAGAGACGUGGCCUUGGCAGGUCCUGAGCAAAGGGGGCAAGGAAGACGUCUCCUUUGAGGAAAGGACCUGUGAGGGUGGGCGGUUUGCCACAGUGGAAGUGACAGACAAGCCUGUGGAUGAGGGUCUACGGGAAGCAAUGCCCAAAGUCAUGAAGUAUGUGGGAGGCACCAAUGACAAGGGAAUCGGGAUGGGGAUGACCGUUCCUAUUUCCUUCGCCGUGUUUCCCGGUGAUGAUGGCUCCCUACAGAAGAAAUUAAAAGUCUGGUUCCGGAUUCCAAACCAGUUUCAGAGCAACCCGCCAGUUCCCACCGAUGACAGCAUUAAGAUCGAGGAGAGGGAAAGCAUCACUGUCUACUCCCUGCAGUUUGGUGGUUAUGCCAAGGAAGCCGACUACGUGGCUCACGCCGCCCAGCUGCGUACGGCCCUGGAGGGCACGGCCAGCUGCCGGACUGACGUCUACUUCUGCACCGGGUACGACCCUCCCAUGAAGCCCUACGGCCGUCGCAAUGAGGUCUGGCUGCUGAAAGCAUGAGUAAUGCGCUGCGUUACAACUUCCCGGGCGUGUGUUUCUGCGUCCACUUCCUCAGGGGAGAAGGAGGGAGCACAGCUUCCGACUGUAUCCCCAGCUUCGCCAGCUCCCCGUCAAAGCCGUGUGCCGCCAACUUUAUGAAAUAUGCAUAUUCCGCCGAUGCUUUCUCUCCUGGCGGGAGCCAAGACAGCCAAGAUAGGCAGCGCCCUUCGAACGGACUUAGAAAGCGCUGUGGCAGAUCAGAAAAAAUCCAGCAACGUUUUCUCAGCUUUCUGGGUCACUCAAAACUGAUCUUUAGAAUAAUGAUCGAACCUGUAUUUUUGUGGUGGAGGAGAAACUGUGAUUUGUGCGUGAUCUUUCAGCUGUGAUUCUUACAAGACCUUUUUCUGUAAAGAAACUGAGAAUAAAGAUCUUUGACUUAAACAGCUGA